CCGGCUUUCCUCUCGUUUAUAGUCUUGCCAAUUACACUUGCAUACGCUCCCGCCUGGUCGCUUUUUCUGCAACGUACGACUCAUCUGCAUGCUACGCACAGAAAUCACGAACGUUUCACUAUCUCGCAACGCGCUCCUACGGAAUGCGGUUCCUCGCGCCUUACCGCUUCGUGCGGCAGUCGCGCUUCAGCCGCGACCAAGCAUACCAUGGACGCCCAACUGUGGAAUAGUCAACCAGCGGAGGGGGUAUGCGCAACCUCCUCCCAACGGAGGAAAGGGCGGAAUGCCGGGGUUCAACAUGUUUGGGCAGCAGUUUGAGAAGGGAGACGCAUUGAAGCAGUUCAGUGUGGAUCUCACCGAGUUUGCGAGGAAUGGCAAGCUGGACCCCACCAUCGGAAGGGACGAAGAAAUCCGCAGAACAAUACAGAUUCUAUCGCGAAGGACGAAGUCUAAUCCAGUCCUUAUUGGUCCACCUGGUGUUGGAAAGACCGCCAUCCUAGAAGGACUAGCAAGCCGUAUUGUCGCUGGCGAAGUGCCGGAGUCCUUGCAAAAGAAGCGCGUUCUAUCUAUCGAUCUGGCUGCCAUAAUGGCAGGCUCCGGAGUUCGUGGCCAGUUCGAAGAAAAGUUCAAGGCCCUGAUCAAGGACAUCGAGGACGAGAGUGGGAACAUCAUAUGCUUCAUUGACGAAGUUCAUACUCUCUUCAAUCUCGGUAAAGCCGAAGGAAGCAUCGAUGCCGGACAGAUGAUCAAGCCCGCGUUAGCUCGCGGCUUACAGCUUGUGGGCGCUACUACACCCGAUGAAUACCGCAAGACGAUUGGCAAAGAUGCCGCCCUAGAGCGACGGUUCCAGCCAGUAACGAUUGAGGAGCCAUCGGUGGCAUCCACUAUCUCCAUUCUUCGUGGUCUCAAGACGCGGUACGAGGUUCACCACGGUGUGGAGAUCUCCGAUGGCGCGCUAGUGACAGCUGCUGUUUACGCUGCUCGUUACAUCUCCGACCGCUUCCUACCCGACAAGGCCAUCGACCUCGUGGACGAAGCUGCUUCAGCGCUCCGCCUCGCACAAGAAUCCAAGCCCGACGAGCUCGAGGCGCUGGAUCGAGAGAUCAUCACCCUCCAGAUCGAGCUCGAGAGCUUGAAGAACGAGAGCGAUGUGUUCAGCAACGAGCGACGGGAGAAGGUCGAGAAGGACCUGCACGAGAAAAAGGAGGCCGCCGCGCGCUUGACGCAGCUCUGGCAAGCGGAGCGCGACCGACUGAACAACGUGAAGGAGAUUAAGCAACGCCUCGAGCGUGCUAAGCAUGAACUCGAGGUAGCCCAGCGGGAGGGGAACUUCGAGCAAGCCUCGAGGCUGCGGUUUGCCACUAUUCCCGAGCUCGAACGACAGCUGCCGAAGGAGAGCGAGUCCGCUACCGAAGAUGGCGCCGAAGGGCCGCUUCCCAUGUUACAUGACCGAGUGACAUCGAACGAUAUCUCCCGUGUCGUGGCCAAGGCGACGGGCAUUCCCGUACAGAACUUGCUGAAGGGCGAGAGGGAUAAACUGGUCACUAUGGAAGAUACGUUGAAGCAGCGUGUGGUAGGACAGGAUCACGUCGUCAAGGCUAUUAGUGACGCUGUCCGAAUCUCACGCGCCGGUUUGCAACCACCAAAUCGUCCAGUCGCCUCCUUCCUUUUCCUUGGUCCUACUGGCGUCGGAAAGACGGAGUUAUGCAAGGCGCUUGCGGGUUUCCUCUUCAACGACGAGAAACGAGGAUUGAUCAACAUCAACAUGUCAGAAUAUCAUGACCGGCACACCAUCUCGCGGCUCAUCGGUGCUGCUCCAGGCUAUGUUGGCUUCGAGGAGGGAGGCCAACUGACUGAAGCUGUUCGGCGCAAGCCGUACGCCGUCAUCCUUCUGGACGAGCUCGAGAAGGCUCACAAGGACGUGGCGAUGAUCCUGCUCCAACUGCUAGACGAGGGAAGCCUCACUGACAGCCAAGGCCGCAAGGUUGACUUUAAGAAUACCAUCAUCUGCCUCACGAGCAACCUUGGGAGCGAUAUCCUAGCGCACAAGUCUGCCACGGACGGCGACGGCGUCGUCACCGAGGAAGCCAAGCGUGAGGUACUCGAACGCACGUCCGAGUUCUUCCCGCCUGAGCUGCUCAACCGACUCGAUUCGAUGCUCGUCUUCAACAAGCUGUCCAAGAACUCGAUCCUCCAGGUCGUCUCGCUUCGGCUCAAGGACGUUGCGGAGCGCCUGAAGGACCGGCGGAUUGAGCUCGACGUCGACGACGCGGCGAAGGAAUGGCUGGCUAAGGAGGGAUACUCCGACGUAUACGGUGCACGCGCCAUUGCACGCGUCGUCCGUACGGAUGUCCUGUUCCCCCUGGCGCGCAAGCUGCUUCAUGGCACCAUUCGCGAUGGAGACACCGUGUCCAUUCGUGUAAGCGAGGACGGCAACUCCCUCGACAUCAAGGACAACCACCCGCCGGAUAGCACGAUUGCCUCGAACCAAUCGGCAGCUCCCGUCGUCCCUGCGGACGACGUGGACUGAAUGAAUAAAUUCCCUCGGACAGAACAUCUACAUUAUUGCAUGUCUAUUUCUACACGAUAGUCGAAACACAACACACCACUCCAUCUGUAGCUAUACAUGUAUCAUAAAAUAGAACAUAACCGUAUGAUGAUAUAGAGAACUGGUCCUUGCUCUUGCUAUUACAGUUGCGCCGUCGACGUUUCAGGGGCAUGUCUUGGUUUCGCAUGGCGUCGUCCGCCGCGCCCUCCGCGGCCGGGUCGUGGAGCACCAAGUGCUUGCUCAGGGCCGGCCCGCUCAGCCGUAGAGCGAGGUUCGACGGGAUUUGGGACAUCCAGGUUCUUCGGUGCUUUCGUAGGUCGCUUUCCCUUCCUUGGCCCAUCUUUCUUCUUCUGCGGAUCGACCGGGUCCCGAGCGAGAAGCAGCUGCUCCUGCUGAAGCUGUAGCUCCUCCAGACGUAGCCUCUCCUCCUCGGCCGCCCACCAUCGCAGGAAGUCUUCUUCUUCCUGCCGUGCGCGCUCCUCCUCCUGGAUCUGUUUCAGCGACUUCUUGUUUUUGUCUUGUGGCAGCCCUUGCUCGAGCUGUGCCUGCUGUAUCGCGACGAGGGAUGGCGCCGGUCCUGGGACGGCGGGCGUGGCGACGGGCUGGACGGGAGGGAGCGUCCAUGCUUUGCCCGUUCCGCCAGAAGCUUUCCGCGCUAUGGAAGGGGACGAGUUGGAAGACGACGGCUGCCGCGCAGGCUUGAUCGUGGGCCCUUGCGCAUUGGCGGACGGCUGCGCACGCGGCUGCAAACCUGGUUUCAUCGGCGUGGACGGCCCCGAUGCGACAACCGGCCGCGUCUGCGCAAGCCCGGAUGAAGGGGGCGUCGCGCGCGGCGUAUCCAAGGCAGAUGGUGCGCGUGCAGGGACGGGAACGCCUGCACGCCACGUCAAAGUCGAGACGGGGGGUUCGGGCGCUAACACGGCGAGCGAAGUCGCGGGCGAGGAUACCUUGCGCCAUCCCCCCGCAAUAGGCACCCUGGAGGGCGAGGGGCCCGCAACCGGGGCCUUUCCCUUCGACGACGACGUCUCCGCCUCGGCCAUGAUUGACUUCAUGUCCGCCCUCGGCGCGUUUGUGAUUGGCUUCCAUCGCGGUGCGGAGGGUUUGCCAUCCGAUGCUGCAGGUAGCUCCGGCGGGCUUGUCAGAACUGGCGGUUCCAAGCUCAACGCAGGCACAGACGGCUCCGCAUCCAUUGCGAAGAUAUCGUCGCCCUCGCCGACCGCGGGCGCACGCACGGGUGUGGGCAACGUCGUCGGCUGCAGGCUUUGCUUCCUCCCCUUCUGCUCCUUAUACGGCGUCGGCGGCGACAAUCGCGGCGACGACUCCCUCUCUUUCAUCGGCGCUCGGGCAGAAGGCACGAUGGGCCUCGGCACGUCCUGCAUCUCCAACCAGUCCCCGAACACAGCGCGCGCUUUCUCCGCGAGCGCGCCGGACCGCGUCACGGGCGCGCGCCUCGCCUGCUCCGCGCGGACGAACGCACCGAGCGCGCGGACGAGCUCCGGCGCGAGGUCUGCGAGCAUCUGGCCCUCGAGCAGCGUCUCGAGGUGGAGCGCGAGGUAGCGCUGCACGCGCCGGACGAGCGGCCGGACGGAGUAGUACGUCGCGUCGGAGAGGACGGCGCACGCGUUGGCGAGGUUGACGAAGGGGAGAAGCGUGCCCGCGCAGAGGAGCACGAGCCUGUCAAGGUGCAGUUCCGUCGCGGCGGCGAUCACCUCGAACAUGAAAUCUACCAGCUCGUCCGUGCCCUCCACGAACUCGAGCACGUCAAACAUCGCCCCAGAGUCCUCCGCCCCGCACGCGUACGCGCACACAAACCGCAUCGCGCGCCAGCGCAAAUGGCGCAGAUCGACCUCCAGCACCCCGGAUCCCGUCCGCUCGCGCGUCCACGCCGGCUCGUCGAAGAAGCUCCUGAAGAACGGCGAGCGCGCGCGAAGGAGCAGAGAAUGGCAGCGCACGUCGCGGUCCGCGAGCCUGAGCACGACGUCGGGCGCCAGCAGGCGCGCAAGCCCUCUCCCUCCCGCCUUCUCCGCCGUCGUCGCAGCCGUAGCCUCGUACAGCGCGCGCACGUCGUCCCCCAUCGUCACCCUCACCGCGCGCUUCUCCAACGGGCCCAACGCCUCCUCCAGCGCCGGCAACUCCAGCACCUUCGCCAGCCCCACCAGCUCCCCUCUCACUCUCAUGGGGUCCACGCCGAGUUCCGCCAGCCGGCCGCGCAGCGCCCAGCUCACGCGCGAGUCCCACACCGCGAGCAGCUCGUCCGAGUACAGAUACACCCAGAGCACCAACACCGCGAGCGGACCGCAGCCCACAAACGCGAGCCGGGGCUUGCCCUCGCCGCCAUCCUCCGUCGCGCCGAGCCGCACCCGGACGUGCUGAGACCCGAUUUCGCCAGCGCCCGCGCGAAGGAGGGCCGCCAUCCUGGCCGAGCGCGCCGCGGCGACAAGCGCGUGCGCGGGGAACACGAGCCCGCCCUCCUCCACCCGCACUUCGAGAUUCGCGCCAUGCCGGCCCAUCUCGCCCGGGCGCGCGAACAAGCCGCACCCUCUCGCCUCUCGACACUCCCUAUCCUCCCUCAACAACCCGCACAGCCUCUCCAGCAUCCUCAAGUCCCGCUCGACCGCCUCGUUCCCGUCUUCCUCCUCCUCCUCCCCAUCUUCCUCCCGGAUCACCUUCACCUUGGCCUCCUCCUCCUCGUCGCCCUCGUCCUGCACCGCGGCGCACGGCCGCGUCCUCGUGCCCACCGGCACGUCCCCCACCGCUCCCCACGCCGCGAACGGCAUCAUCCGUCCCACAUCCACCCCGACCCCGCGCUGCUUCCACGCGAUGCGCUCCGGCCUCGCGUCCGCCCUCAACGCGCCGAACGCGCCCGUCUCGUUCGCGCACACCGCCACGACGCGCUGCAACCCCGGCACGCGCUGAAACCUCUUCCCCCCUUUUCCUCCUCCUCCUCCUCCUCCUCCCACCCCUCCCCCUGCCCCGCUGCCUCCACCCGCGCGCACGUACACGUGCCCCGACUCGGUGCACAACACCAACGCCCCGUCCGCGCCGAGCGCAACGUCCGUCGCCGCGCUGAACUUUUUGCGCCUGUCCCACGCGCGCUGCGGGCGCGGCUUCGCGAGCUCCGCCGGCGACGGGUCGCCGGGCGGCGGCGGCGGCGGGAGGGAGAACGUGAAGACCUCGCCGGCGGAGGAGAGCACGGCGAAGCCCGAGCCCGAAUUCGAGGCGGUCACCUUCCGCACGUGGAUCGCGGCCGGCGGGCGGUAGGGCGUCAUCUCGGACGGGAAGCAUUGAGCCGGGAAGUUGAUCUUGAAGCUGCGGUCGUUGUGGAUGCAGAUGAGCUCUUCGGACGCGAGCAGGCACGCCAUCGCGUGGUCGGUGAUCGCGAUCGCCUUGACCGGCUGCGUGAUCUUCGUCACGAUCCGGGGCUGAACCUGGACCGGCUGCGCGGCCCUGUCGUACCCCAACUGCCCGUGGUUCGUCCCCCACGUGAACACCUCCCGCUCCGUCCAACACGCGCUCGCCGUCUUGCACGCCGCGACGCCCCUCACCGCCUCCCGCCUCAGCGGCCCCAUGAUCCGCUUCGGCGUGCUCUGGACCAGGUCCCGUUCCUCCGCGGCGGCGGCGGAGGAGGGCGAGGGGUCGAUGGCGUAGCCGAGCUGGGAGAAGCGGUUGAGGCCCCAGGAGUAGACCUCGCCCGUGCGCGCGAGGGCGAGGGUGUGGUCCUGGCCGAGCGCGACGGCGACGAUGUCCGCCCCCGGGGGGAAGGCCGGCGUCGGGCCUAGGGGCUGGAGAGCGAACUGCGUCGUGUGCGCGGGCUGGGACGGCCCCAGCCUUCCCGUGGACGCGAACCCGCACGCGCGCACGUUGUCCCCUUUCGCCGCCGCCGACGACGAGGAUGUGGAGGAGGAAGGGGGGGAAGAGGUGACGACGACGACGGUGUGCAGCUUGGACAUGCCGACGGCGCGCACGGCGAGCGGGCUGAAGCGUGCGGCGAGCGGGGCGGUGGCGGGGACGGCGGUGGCGGGGCGGAGCGGGACGGGUUCGGGGAAGGCGCGGUCGGAGGCGUCGCCGAGGCCGAGGGCGGCGUUGCGGUUCGCGCCCCAGGUGUAGAGCUCGGCGCCUUGAUGGGAGGAGGGGGAGAGCGGGGAGGGCUUGGUGCCCUCGAGCGUGGCGUUGUAGAGGUCGUAGGCGGUGUAUCCCUCGAGAUCUUUGAGCGACGUGUCGGUGUCGGCGCGCUUCAGGAGUAGGAUUGCGGCGGGGAGGUUGCCGGCGUAGAGGGCGCGGUGGAGGGCCGUCCAGUGGGACUCGGCGUCGGCGAGGUUGACGUUGAUGCCGGGGUGGGCGAGCAGGAGCCGGACGCACUCGAGCGCGUGCGGCUCGACGGCGGCGCAGGCGAGGUGGAGCACCGUGCGCCCCAGCCAGUCCCUCGCGUUGACGUCGAGACUACCGCCCGCGCCCGAUCCGCCGCUGGCCGAGGAGAGCGGGCUGGGCUUGGACCACGAGCGGCCGCCGGACGAGCUGAGGUUGAGCGAGGACGCCUGUUUCGCGGCGGAGGAGGCGGUGAAGGCGGCCUUGGAGGCGUCCAGCUGGCGCUGAAACCGCUGCUGGUCGCGGAGGUGGAAGAGCGCAUGGAGGGCGCUCAUGCGGUGGGGGUCGAGGUGAGCAAGCCGCCGGUACGACUCGCUCGGUGCGAACUGGGACCAGGCGAUGAUCUACCUGGCGCGUUCGCGGUGGGCGUUUGGUCUCGAGGAAGGUGGCCUCGAGAGGUUGGGGGGUGAAGUAACGUUGGGCGUCGG